AUGCCUCGACGUCGGGAGCUUCGGAAGCGGAAACGCGGACCGAACAUGACGGAACUCGCUCGGGACCUGGGGUACAGGGACAAGAAAGUUCUCACCAAGCUGCUCUCGGAUUUCUGGUCAAUCAGCUAUCCAAAUGGCCGGUUUGCUGAUGCCACCGACGAGCAAAUCAACACGGUCGCGGACGACUUUCUCGAACUGCAAGGAACGAGCCUCUGGUCUGUCAGAGGCCGAGGUCCCGUUUAUCCCGGUGACAAAGACAAAGAAAUUAAACCGAAGAUUUGCGAGAUCCUGAAACGCCAGCGUCGAAAUCAAUUAGAUAUACGCACAAAGAAAGCUCGGGGUGACCAACAGCGUGAUGACUCUGACGAGGACUUUGACGAGCCGUACGAAGAAGAUAGCGAUGAUUACCUUCCGGACAACGAGCACACAUUGACCAUAUCUUCGACAGUGACACCAAGCGAAAGUCGACCGGAACAUCUUCACAAUGAAGCCAACAACACUCGUCCGGCUCCAGUCUUAUCGUCAGCUCGGCGCAGACCGACACCAAAUUCAUCUACCAUUCUGGAUUCUGCCCCCCUUCGUUCAGCGGAGCCGCUCGCUGCUUUGAAUGCUACAUCAGACCGCUCUAUCAGUGCGCAAUCAACUUCGGCGGUGGAUCCGCAGAAACGCGGCUUCGAGACAAGGUCGGCCGACGUUUCCACUGCCGGACUGCUAGCCGCGAGUCAACAUACUACGAAAGACAAGAGACCAGUACCAGAAAGAACGGUUCUAUCACCGCAGGCGGAAUAUGAAGCAAGGCCAAACUACAGACAGCCUACAGUUGAAGACCAACACCCUGACCUGGACGCGACACAAAGUCAGUCUACAAGGCUAGGAGAAGUGGAAACCUUCCGGUUCGGUGCAGUUGGACAACAUAAUGCUCCUUCAGAACGAAGUUCCACGGCGACAGAUGGUGUGUCUAGAUCGAUUCAUAGCAAUGCCACUAAACCCCCGCGCCCCCAAAAAGGUGCUAGGUAUUCUGCAGCAGCAAAUGACACCCAAAAUAUGUCUGAAGAGAAACAAACCGGAGUGUCGGGCCAGGAAUGCCAGGCAAACCAGCAAGCAAACACGAUCUCCUACCACAUACUCCAGGACAGCUAUUCAAUGGAUUCCCACAAUGUACCGGGGCUGUUGCGGCGGCUGUUGAAAUUCGGUGAAGAGAAGUUGAUUCAGAGUUCGACAAAGAUACACGAAGCUUUGACACUGGAGGAUCGGGUAUCGGCUAAAGCGCGUUUCCUCGCGUUUCGGGAGAUGCUGGACACAGCUAUGGAGGAAAGUAAACGUUCUGGCGCACGGUCAGAAUAG